AUGGCGGACUCGGUUGAUCGCGUAUUCGUACAUGCUCUUAACACUGUCAAAAAGAUACCAAAAACCGGAGCCUCGCGUCCACCGCCUUCUGACCGAUUACGCCUCUAUGGCCUCUACAAACAAGCGAUGGAAGGUGAUGUGGAUGGGGUGAUGGAGAGGCCUUUGAGCGUAGGUAGUAGCGAGGAGGGACCUAGAGGAGAGGAGUUAAAGCGGGAAAGAGAUAAAUACGAUGCAUGGGACUCGCAGCGAGGCUUAAGCCGGACAGAGGCGAAAAGAAGAUAUAUCGAGGCAUUGAUUGAAACUAUGCAUCGAUAUGCCAGCACUACUGCUGACGCAAGGGAAUUGGUGGCGGAACUCGAAUUUGUCUGGGAUCAAAUAAAAAAUAACAGCGCAUCUUCACCUGACUCCUCGCCCAGACGCGAGCCACCUGCAUAUUCCGCACAGCCGCGAUCGUUCCAACAGCCUCGGUCAGGGACCGACGGUGCGAUGCGAGUACUUAGCCCAAUGAGCGAAGAUGAUGAGGCGGAGAGACAUUCGGAAAGGAGGAUAGGGUACAAUGGUGAACACGGUGAUAACGACGACUUUAACGACGGUGAGGACAAUGACCAAACGCCCAAGAAGUGGAGGAAGACUGUUGAACAGGCGUUGGUCAAGAUGACUGCUGAGAUCGCUGCGCUGAGGGAGCAGAUUACCACGGGGAGAGAAUACCAAGGUAGAAGGCAAAGGUCACUGGGAAGAUGGUUUGCGUGGCUUCUAUGGCUAGUUGUGAGACACUUCUUUGUGGAUGUUGUUGUCCUCGGGAUAGUUCUGUUAUGGAUGAGGAAACGGAAGGAUAGGAGGGUUGAAGAUUUGGACACCACCACCAAAAACCCAGCACUUGGUGAACUCACAUCUGAGUCACGACAUGCCAGUCAGUUGACAUUUGCUGUCCCGGAACAAGUAUCUCUUCGGGAGAUUCUUGUUGAGCCGCCGACUGAUAUCAACCAUCUCGACCACGAUACGAUCGGCGUUUCGGAACGGAAUACCAAGUACGAUAUACGGUGCCGCUAUCACCGCAGGAACGAGGCCCGAUCUCGCUCCUUGCACGGCAAUCCUAGUAAUGUACCUCGGUAUGAGUGUGCAUUGUUCAAUCAGACGACCUAUGGAGAGCUGAGGGGCCGGAGACUGGAGAUUGUCACGCUUGCGGUUGUCUUGUUCAAGAUUGCUGUCGGUGUUCUUCGUGCGGCGGAGAAAGAGACAUAG